UUUAAAGAUGAUCAAAAUGGGCGAUUACAGUAAAAUGGGUACUUCAGGAGAUUUGGGAUUGCUGCACAAUGGGCGAAGUCGUCUCAGGCUGCGAUACUCCAUUUGCACCAUGAACAGCACUGCCUGGCCUUUAGACCUGGCAGAUUUUGCCCGGAGCCCAGCCUCCAACAGCUCUCUCGGACAGACUCCUGUCAGCGGCUGGGCCUUGAUCCAUACAGCUACCCUGGCGUCGUGCUCUCUUCUCCUCAUCUUCAUCUUCCUCCUCGGUUCUUAUGGCAACCUGGUGGUGUUCCUGUCUUUCUUUGACCCAGCCGUCCGCAAGCUCCGUACCAACUUCGACUUCAUGAUCCUGAACCUGUCCUUCUGUGACCUCUUCAUCUGUUGCGUUACUGCGCCCAUGUUUGCGCUCAUCAUCUUCCUGGACGUUGGGGACAGUGGAGGUGGUGUUUCAAAGGGCUUCUGCUUUGCCUUUCAUCUCACUAGCUCAGGUUUCAUCAUCAUGUCUUUGGAAACAGUGGCAGUCAUUGCCCUGCAUCGGUUGCGCAUGGUACUGGGCCAGCAGCCGAAUCAUGCAGCCUCGUUCCCAUGCACACUGUCCCUUACUGCCUUAUUGUGGGCUUCAAGCUUCACCCUGGCAGCCUUGGUUACCUUAAGAGCCUAUCCCAGAAGCGCUGGUCCCUGCCUGCCUCACUUUGGUCUCACAGAAAAUCAGUCAAAGGUGGUGUUGUAUGUGUACCUUGCUGAUUUUGCUUUUUGUGUGGGUGUAGUGUCCAUGUCAUAUCUUAUGAUUGCACAGACCCUGCGGAAGAAUUCCAUGGUGCGGAAGUGUUCUGUUAUCAUGGUGAGUGCCACACGUCCUCCAGCUGCACCUCCAGCCUUCAUUGCUGCUGGAUUUGAGGGCAUACAGUGUGCUGUCCAGGUGCCCUCACUCUAUCGUAAUCAGACAUACAACAAGCUACAGCAUGUUCAGACACACCCUUUUACAAAGUCUAGCAGUCGACCCCUGGUACCCAAGGCUACCACACACGCUACGUGCUGCCAGUUGGUUUCCAACCCGUCCACGGCCAAGGAUUCCAAGGCAAUAGUGACAUGUGUGGUCAUAGUCAUAUCUGUGCUUAUUUGCUGCCUGCCCAUGGGUGUGGCCUUAGCACAGGAUGUUUUGUCACCAGAGAACAGCUUCAUUCACUAUCAAUUUGAGCUGUGUGGAUUUGCUCUGAUCUUUCUUAAGUCUGGCAUAAACCCAUUUGUUUACUCCAGAAACAGUGCCGGUCUGCGACGUCGUGUACUCUGUUUCCUCCAAUGGCUGGCAUUUGGCUCCUUCUGCUGUAAGCAUAAGACUCGUUUGCAUGCUAUGGGCAAGGGAAAUUUGGAGGUAAACCGUAAUAAGUCCUCACACCAUGAAACCAACUCAGCUUACAUGCUCUCACCAAAACCACAAAGAAGGCUGGUAGACCAGGCAUGUGGGCCUAGCCACACUCGGGAAAGCAUGCCCAGUAUGCGUGCCACAACCGAAAAAUGUAAAUCCCAUCCUCCUAGCACAUCCACACCAAUCAACACUCGCAUAGAGCCCUACUAUAGCAUCUACAAUAGCAGUCCCUCUGCUGGGCCCAGUUCUCCCAAUAGCCUGAAACCAGUGAACUCUCAGACCACGGGCUUCGUUAAGAGCUUUGCGGCCAUGCAUUAUCACAUCCACCAGGAGGCACUGCAGGACUUUGACAGUACCUCAGCUCAUCAGAUCCCUGCACCCUCAGUAUGAAUGCUGUACUACGUCUACGACUAAACAUAAUGGGAGCAGUAGAAUGGCAGUUUGUACACAAUAUAUAGAAGAAUAUACCUUGUUUAUUUCUGGUUUAUCAGUGCUGGACUUUGAGAGGCUGUGCACGUUUAAACAGAGUUGCUGCUAAUUCUAAGACUAUCCACAGUGUUAUUGAUGUUCACUGAUUCAAGGAUAUUCUAUUUUUACACUGGCAUGGAGUUUUUGAUAACAUGGUAAAGCAUCUUUUCUUUAAGUAAAUGUUGUUAUACAUUUAAUGUCACUAAAUGUUUUGCAACUGUAUUUUGCUUAUGUUGAUUUGAUUACAUAUUUUCCAGGUAAAGGGAAGGAUAAGAGCACACUAUAGGUUCAUUGCGUGGGGCCCAUCAGAAUAAUGACAUCAUGAAAUCGUUCAGUCCUCAAAUGUUGUAGAUUUGUUUCAGACCCAAAAUUAGACAUUUACUACCUUCAUAAUGCAAGUGAAAAUAUAGUUUGUGUCUGCUUAUUAACCUGUCAUAGAGAGCUACAAUUUAAGUGUUUAGUUUUAAACAUUUUACAUACAUCCAAGCCAGAUUUUUAAAAAAAAAAUCAGAACAUGCUAAUUUGAUUAUAUACCAACACAGACAGUAAUGUUCAUUUUAAAUAAACCUGUUUAAAAGUAGUUGUUUCCACAAGGUAAAAUUGUUACUUUUUCUUUUAGAUUUUCUGCCAAACACAGUACUUAAAUGUCUCCUAUAGGUGUUUGACUGCAUUGAGAUAUGGUGCCUAUGAAAAUCAUAGCAUGAAAUUUACAUCAUCAAACCAGUGAGAUCAGUGAUUCCUUGUUUCCUGUUGGACAAAGCCAGGUCAAUCUGCAAAAAAACAGUUGCUUAAAGGUGAUUUAAAAAAUGUUUUUUUUUUUUUUUUUUUAGAAAAUCCCACUAAAGUCAGACAUUGAAUGGAUUCUGUCCAAUUUUAGCCCCAAAGUGCACACGAACAAAUUUUCAACAUGUCUGUGUACAUACUGACCCUCCAGUUACUGCUGCAAAACAGACAGCUCUUACUCGCAGGGCUUCUUUCAACCAUGUGCUUUUUUUUAUUAGUUUUUUGGUUUCUGUUGCCUUCAAGGGUUCAGAUAUCUUGUUUGAUUAAAAAAUUUCAGUGUAAACGUACAGUGUGAGCAUUACAUCAUUACCGUUUACUUGAAUGUAGAGUGUGAGCAAGUAUGUUCGCAGCUUCAGAGCAUACAGCAAGGCCAAUUGAAAAAAAUACAUAGUGAGAAGAAACACAUCAUUCAUGAUGAGAAAGAAAUAAUUAAAAAAUAAAUAUUUGUCUGCUCGAUUAAGGAGGACAUGUUACACGACAGCAUGCCAGCAAAAUACUUUAGAUCCACCUGUUGAUUUUUUAACUCAAGAAAAUAUGUAUUUUGCCUGUAUGAGCGCCUAUCAUAAUACAACAGAGAGAUCUAAAGCAUUUCAACAUUUCCUUAUGCAUUUACUUUUUGGAAUAUGAACAGUAAAGUCCUGUGGAAGUAAAGUCUGCAGCUCUCCUGCAGCAAUGUAGCCUAGGCCAAAAUGAUGGUCAGCCUUAAUUUACUGCCAUUAUACUGUAUGCCAUAUUUUUUCCACGAAUGACCACUAG